AUGGCUUCGUUGCAAGCGAGGACCGAAGCCGUCAAGGCAGCCGUCUCAUCUACGGCAACCUGCACAGCAGCUACUGUUGUGACUCUUAGGGAGUUGCUUCUGGUUGAACCCGAAGCUCCUGCGACGGUCACAAAAUCAGCAUCACGGCCUGCAAAAUCCGCUGCGAUAACAUCCCGCCCGAGAUCUACCACCGCGACCAAGCCAGUGAAAUCAACCUUGGGCGUGGAGCAGCUGGGUAGCAGAGAUAGAGCCGUCUUAGCCACUCAUGUUAUCAACGCAACUUUGAAGGCCCUCACGGAGGCGUCAAGAGCUCUGCCCCCUUCAACAUCCAGCAAACCCACCGAGAACCUCCCGCGAUCGACGAGCAGACGUACCUUGCGCAGAUCUCUUUCUGCUCCCUUGUCGCCAAUGCAGCCAAGAACGCUGAAUCGCGUCACGACAUCACCGAGCGUAUCCAUGUUCAAGUCAAAAUCGGACUCACCGACGUACUCGGCAGAAUGCUUGGCAGCUGUUGAAUGCGCGCGUGUUGCGUUUUUCAGCCUUGGGUUGGCAAAAUCUCCCGCUCAGGAUUCUCACUACGAUUACCAGUUGGAAAAUGGCAUGUCGGCAUUCAUUGGAAAACUUUUGGCGUUGCAGCUUCAUGAUCAGGCUCUGAAAGAUAUGCGAGUCCUGAAACGUCGACUGGACUCUCUCUUGCAGAUAGAAAACGCCAAGCUGCCAGCAUGCGUAGCAGCCAAGUCAGCCCCUGCCGAGAGCAUCUCCUCCUCUGCAUCAGUGGCCGAACUGCUCAAUUUCAGAGGAGAGCUUCAUCGCUCUUCACUUCCGAUAGCCGCCACCUUGCAGAUCCAGGUUCUCAAGCUCGUUUGCGCCACGAAAAAACCAGCUUGCAUAGAGGCACUGGUGCCAAUGCUUCAAGAAAAAAACCCUUCAAGUCCCCUCAACUUGCUGCUUAAGCUGGCUGACGGCGGAGAAAAGCAGAUUCAAAAAGCUGCCCGACAGCUAGCUUCCGUUACUCAGACUCUUCUAUCAAUGCUGCCUAGUAUUUCUACUCAAGAAGACGCAAUUGCUGCUGAGCCUCGUUUGAGCCCGACUCCACUCGUCGCCUUUGAGCUUCAAGCCUUGGCUUUUCGAGCGCAAUUACGAUGGUGGGAAUUAGCUGGCCAUCAAGGGAGCAUCGAUGAUGAGGUGCUGGCUCCCUUUAGCCGUUGCAUCCGCGCCUUUGCACGACGCUUCAAAUCGGAUGACAAACUAUUGCUAUACCGACACCUGGCCACCGAGUACGAAGCGCUUAUGGAAAUGAUUCGCGUCGGCAAAUACGUGCCCUCGACAUCCUCCAAGUCGCCAUUAUCAACUAUAUAUCAAGUUCUAGGCUCUAUUGCCCAUUCCGCGCGGCAAUACGAGGGUGCUUGCUGCUGGUUUGAAAGCCUCAAGGCAUCUCUUUGCGAGAAGUCAGACUCGGCAGCACUUAUCUGCUCAGUGUCUGCUCGCUGCCUAGCUGCGGCUCUCAAGAAACCCGAGUUGGAUGCCGCGAUCAAGGAUUCUAUGCAGCAAGUAACGGAUUUCUUGAACGGAAAUCUGAGCGGCACUGUUGCCGAGCUCAACGAGUUGUUGGAAAGCAUGUCGGCUGUCAGGCGAUCUGUUGUUGGGUUAUUAAUGAAGGAACUGGACCUCGGAAAGAUGAGCAUGAGCAGCUCUACGGAUGAGACGACGGGUGCCUUGUUGAAGAAAUUCAUCCUGCAGUAUCCACGAUUUGUGCGGCGUUGGAUGGGCACUCCACCGGGCAAGGACGCGCCUGCCAAACUGUUCCUGCAGUUUGAUCAAAGAAGACAAUUAAUCAUGCAAUCAAUCAAUCAAACGCUAGACGCAGCGUUGAUGGUUGUAAAAUGCGAAAUCCAGUCCGGGGCUCUUGGUUGGCAAUCGAUGGACGAUGUCCUUCAACACUGCCUCGGUCUCCUAGACUCAGCCUCUGAUCUAUCGGCCUCGCCUGCGAGACUGGAACAAUCGGGAAGCUACCGUGCCAAAAUCUCCACCUUGUACUUUUCCAAGUUUGUGGAGCUUCGAAAGAUAUCGAACCGAUCCAAGGACGAUAACAAGCAGCUACUUCAAUCCCUGAGCCGCUCAAUCGAUACUGUCAAGGAGCAGUCUUCUGCCGUCAAGGACAAGGCACAGUUGUCGAUGAAGUUGGAAAUCUUUGCCGACCUAUGCAAGCGAUCAGGACGAAGCGAGGAUGCGAUUGGCACACUCCGAUCCAUUUGCACCAGCAUGGUAGAAGAUGGCGUUCUCUCCGAUGUGGCAAUCGCCCUUGCAAACCUACCACCGGUACUAGCAUGGGCCGCGACCGAAAAGGCGUCGUCUCUCUCGCGCACUUUACGCUCCAUAGCCAAACUAGACAAGUCUUGGAACGAUUGGACAUUCUUCCUUCCAGAACGGGAACGUGCAGCCGUGCUCGAACACCUGAUGCAUCUGAGCGCUGAGGCAUCGUCUCCGACACAAGCUCUUCAACUUCACGACCCUAGUCCCUCUGCUUUGCUCCGAAUUUACACGCUCGACAAGUACCCCAUUCGAAGAUUUCGCGUUUUGCUUCAUUUACUCCAGCAGAAUAUCGGCGAGGAAGCAGAGGCGGCAGAUAUUCUCGCCGAGCUCGGCAGAGCAGCUGAGCAGAUUCAGAAAAAGGACAAGGCAGAAGACGGCUCGCUCUCUCAAUUUAUUCCGCAUUUGCAAACAUGCUACUCUUCCAUGAAAGCCCUGGCUCACGUUGCAGACUCGAUUCCCUUUUCCGUCAUUCGCGAUGAUGUAAGCUGUUGGAAGGGGAUGCUUGAAUCAUGCGCAUCAAAAGAGGAUCUGUACGGGAGGAUCGACAGCCCACAAGUUUUGAUAGAAUUUUUGCAAGUCUUGAAUACAUUAGCCAACCUACGUGGCGAGGGGCGGCUCCAAAUUGCCAUCUUGGAGCUCGCAAUAUCUCUUUCAAAGGCUGCCGCAGAAUACUGCGGACUAUCUCGCGACAGCGUCAUCCUGAACCAAUGCCAAUUAGCGUCACAAUACGUCAGCAUUGGUAGGUUUAGCCAAGCCUCAAAGACUCUGGGGAUUUCCGAGGAGCUUUUGAAUCAGAACCAUGGAGUAUCGCCAAGUGUUGUCGUGGACUUGUACCUAUCUCAAGCCGAGUACCAUGCCGGCAUCGGAAACACGACUGAUGCCCUUGACUUCGUCGAGAAAGCGAACGGCAUUUGUAGGGAAUCGUGCUCUUCAUGGGCUCAUUCUAAGCUGCAGGCAAAUCUGGUGCUGUCCAUGACCGCCCUUAUCCAGUCGAACAUAUCGCUGCAAACGGGUGAUGUCGAGGGCGCCCUUCUUCAGAUCAAAUCAAGCGUGCGUACAUUGUCUCACGAAUGGGCCAAGCUUGAAGCAACGCUGCUCGGCUCUGACGCAAGCAUUUCCGAGACCAGCGACACGAGCAUCGACGUGAGGACGCCCACGGUCAGAACUAGCGGACCGCGCUUCUGGGGUCUUGCCGCUCCAUUGCUGCGCUGCCUUUUGCAUAUAUCAUCCGUCUACGCCCACAUAGGAAUGUUUCAAGAGACAGUAUACUACGCCGACUCGGCUUCGAAGUUGGCCGAGAGCACGCAGUCUGACCUCUAUCGCGCCCAAGUUGCCGCGUGGACCGGCUCGGUCCAACUGAAAGCUGGCAAGCUAUCAAAAGCAUUGGAGACGCUAGAAGCAGCGAAAGCCUACAUGCCUCGGGAUGACUGCUCGUCUCGGGUUCAGUUCGCUCGCAGACUCGGUGAGCUGUACUCCGAAGCCGGCGACGAAGACGGAGCGAACAGAUAUUUUUCCAUUGCUGAGGAAACCCUUCGACUUUUGGGUGGCGACGCAGGCGACCAUGCACAUGUCCAACAUUCGUCUACCCAAGGCGCCGCCAGGAAACCCGCCCCUGUCAGCAGGCGUGCAACAACAACUACCAGGACAACGAAGCCCAGGGUGCCAGCAGCAGCGGCGCGGGAUCUGAAGCGGAAAACGACGGCAAAAGGCAAGCUGCAGCCAACGGAUCCGGCUUCUCACCUUCCCAAAGACGUCUACCAGCUUUCGAUGCUCUCAGGCGUCAGCCUGUCUCGAGCAAUGGGUUUUUUGCAGAAAAAAGAUUGGUCAUCUGCUUUGCUGAUUCUGGAUGGGGUGAGGGAACUGCCUAAACUGUCCGAGACUUUGUCUCUGGAGCGAGUCGUUUCUGCGACUACGCUGCUCGGCCAUAGCAUGGAUCAGAUGAUUUCAGACCCCGUGUUUUCUGUGAUGCAAGACUCGACCAUCUCGUUUCCCGCGGUUGCUAGCGGCUCGGACGGGAUCUCUACAGACAGGAGCAGUCUCGCUCCAUCUCCGCAUAGACGUGGCCGUGCCGCAACACUGAAGCCUAGAGAGAAGAGCUGCCCAGCCUUUGCCGAUGCACUUCGGCGAGCGCAGGAAAUCCUGGUCGAGGCACAUGGGUCAACCUUGUCAACGUCCGACAGUGCCACGGUUCAUCGUCUGUCCACCUUGCUGCAAAACACCGUCAUCCUCCUGUCGGCCACAACGGUUGGAAAAGCCAGAGCGAUCCCGUCGUCUGCGCUUGCCACCGUGGCCGUGGAUUUAGCUCGCAACACGACUUGGAUGCGCGAGAAGAGCACCAUCAAAGCCGCAUCGAGAUCGGAAACGCCAGCCAACCCAAUCAACUCCUCAAACUCGACACCUGGCCAUGGUUCAGGUUCGUCUCCGGACAUUGCGACAUUUAGCAAAACUUUUAUCGAACCGCUCCCCCAGAACUGGAACGUCAUCUCAAUCUCGCUGAGCAAUAACCGGCGUGACUUGUCGAUCACGAAGAUGCAGGCAGGAGAGAGCCCUUUCAUCCUGCGCCUGCCGUUGGAGAGAGCAAACUCUCGAGACGCGGAUUCUGAGGUGUUUGGUUUCGAGCAGGGCCGUGAAGAGCUACUCGACAUCAUCAAACACGCCAACGAAACGAGUCAUUCAGCACGCGACUUCUCCGCCAAGGGCGAACGGAAUGCGUGGUGGGCGGAACGGGAGGCGCUGGACACGAGGCUUAAGGACUUGCUGUUCACGAUUGAAACAACCUGGCUGGGCGGAUUCAAGGGCGUGUUUUCCCAACACAAGAGACAGCCUGAUCUCCUGGCGCGCUUCCAAAAGAGCUUUCAGCAGAUUCUGGGCGGCAGCCUGCCGUCGCGGAACAGGCUGCGAGGCAAGCAGAGGAGCUCGAGGACACAAUCCAUCAACCUUGACCCCAGGAUACUCGACCUAUUCAUCGGCCUUGGAGAUCCGACCAACUCGGACAACGACUACGACGAGGCUCUAAACGACCUGCUGUAUUUUGUGAUUGACAUUCUUCAAUUUCACGGGGAGAGAAACGCGUACGACGAGAUAGACUUUGAUGCCAUGGUGGUGGAGACGUAUGACGCUCUGCGAGGAUACUAUUCGGAGGCGAGAUCGGACGCGGAGAAGGAAGAUGGCGGCGCCCACACAAUCCUCGUUUUGGAUAAGCAACUGCAUGCGUUCCCGUGGGAGUCGUUACCAUGCAUGGCAGGGCUUGCUGUAUCCCGAGUACCCUCGCUUGCCUGCCUCCGGCAAGUCAUGGAAGCAUGCGGCGUCUCGAGCAACUCGUCCGGCGGGCCAGCUGGACACGUGGUUUCGCGGCAUGGAGGAACCUACAUUCUCAACCCGUCGUCCGACCUGCAGAACACGCAGGAGUUUUUCCAACCCUCGUUCCAGACUCUUGAGGGUUGGGACAGGAUCGUCAACGAGGCGCCUCGUGAAGCCGAGUUCGAAGAGGCCCUCUCCUCGUCCAACAUCUUGCUGUACUUUGGCCACGGCAGCGGGGCGCAGUAUGUGCGCGGCAAGACGAUUCGACGGCUGGAAAGGUGCAAGCCAGUGACUUUUCUCAUGGGCUGCAGCUCGGCUUCACUCGCCGAGGCCGGCGAGUUCGAAUGUUACGGCCCCGUGUGGAACUACAUGCUCGCCGGAUGUCCAGCGGUUGUGGGAACGCUGUGGGAUGUGACGGAUCGCGAUAUCGACCGGUUCGCGGGGCGAGCUUUUGAAGAAUGGGGCUUGUUUGCCAGGGGCACUUUUGGACAGCAGGAGAAGAGGAGAGACAAGGGGAACAGCAGCAGCCGCAGCCGCAUGGCCAGCCGCAAUGGGGGCGAUGGCGCGGCGAGGGAGUGUGGGCACGUCUUGGGCAGCGGUGAUGACGUCGCAGGCUCAGGUGCGCCUCUGGCAUGUCGGACGGCACCGUCCGAGAAGUCUCCCUCCAUUUACUCGUCUUCCUCCUUGCCCGAGGCGCUUGCCAAGGCUCGAGGUGCCUGCAAGUUCAGGUACCUCAACGCUGCAGCCGUGGUGGUUUACGGGAUCCCGGCGUACGUCGCCAGAGAUUGCUGA